GUGAGAAUUCCGCUCUUCAUCGCGUAGUGCUGUGCACCCCAAUAUCUUCACAUUCCUCUCCUUAAGUACUACCGACCGGGACUUGAAAAGAUUCAGAUCCAGUUCCGCACCCGAGCGAAAGGAACAGAAAUCGGCCGUGCCGACGACGAUCUUCUGCCCCGUGCGUCAAUCCAUCAAUCAAUUAAUCCCUCUUUCAUCCGAACGAUCCGAAACAACAUUUUGACUUCCCAAGACCAGCCCAAAUAUUUAAAGCGAGCAAAAUGCCUUUGUGGGGGACGAAAUCCAGCCAGGAGAGCGAUAACGCUGCGCUAGAAAGCGAUCCCAAGAAUGACCCCGUUGCGUCCGCGUCUCAGGCUGCGGGGACGGAAUGGCUGGCCGGACAUUUGAACCAUCUCACCGAGGAUCAGGAGAAGAAAUUGCAGGAGUUCAAGAAACUAUGUGAAGAAAAUGGAUAUUACAAGCCCGCGAGUGACAAGGAGGCGGCGAGCCAUGAUGAUGCGACCAUCCUGCGGUUUCUGCGCGCCCGCAAGUUCGACGUGAAUGGCGCUUGGGGCCAGUUCAAGGAUACCGAGGAUUGGCGCAAGGAGAAUGCCAUCGAGAGUCUGUAUGAGAAUAUCGAUGUAGAGUCAUAUGACGCCGCGAGGAGGAUGUACCCUCAAUGGACCGGUCGCCGGGACCGCCGUGGUAUUCCCGUUUACGUGUUCGAGAUCAAGCACUUGAACAGCAAGAACAUGGCCGCUUAUAAUUCCACCAUGACCGAUCCCUCCGCAACGGCGGAAACGCACAAGUCCUCCACAGUACCACAGCGUCUUUUGCGUCUCUUCGCCCUCUACGAGAACCUCCUCCGUUUUGUCAUGCCCUUGUGCUCACAAUUGUCUCGCCCGCAUCCCGACACGCCUAUUGUCAGUUCGAACAACAUUGUUGAUGUCAGUGGUGUUGGUUUGAAACAGUUCUGGAACUUGAAGGGUCACAUGCAGGACGCGAGCGUUCUGGCUACGGCGCAUUACCCGGAGACCCUGGACCGCAUUUUUAUCAUCGGUGCUCCUUCCUUCUUCCCAACCGUCUGGGGUUGGAUCAAGCGCUGGUUUGACCCCGUCACUACCUCCAAAAUCUUUAUCCUCUCUUCCGCGGAGGUCCUGCCUACUCUUAGCUCUUUCAUGGACCCGACCACUAUCCCUAAGCAGUACGGUGGCCAGCUAGACUGGCAAUGGGGCGACAUGCCCAACCUCGACGACGAGGCCCGGAAACUUGUCGGUGGGUUAGAGACUCCUCCCGCUGCGGGAGAGACCAAACCCAGUUUCAUCAAGGGGCCUGUCCUGUUCAAGGGUGAUCAUGUCGAGAUUCUGGGUAAGGUGAAUGGUGAGAGCCGAAAGAGCAGCGUUCCCGUGCCGGUAUCCCAAGCGGCUGAGUCCACCACCCCAGCCCCAGAGCAGCAGAAGUCGGACGAUGCUCUCGCCGCCGAGGUCAACGAGAAGCUCGACCUGAAUGGCGCCACCGAAAAGGCCAGCAACGGAGACGUCGCUGCUUAGUUGUCAUUGCAUUCUACUUGAAAUAUUUUUUUUCACAUGCUUAUAAUUCUUCUUCAAAGUCUCUGAAAAUCUGGCGUCAUGGUUAAGACUAGAUAUUGCAUGCAUGUCUAGACAAGUCAUCUUCUACAUUUUUGUGUUCAUUCUUCAUUUUCAU